AUGGCCCUGGGUCUCCUGUUCCUCACGCUGCUGUGCGCUCUGAAGAUCCAUGCCCAGAACACUUCUCAAAGCCAUCCUCUUGAACCACUGAAGAAUGAGAUCCCUUUGCAGGCAAAUUUCCAGGAUGCAUUGGGGAAGUGGUAUGGCAUUGGUUUGGCAGACAACUGGGUUUGGUAUCAAAGAGUAAAGAAGAUAAAUAUGUUCAACACCUUAUAUGAGCUGCAAGAUGACCACAGCUUCAACGUCACCUAUAUCAAGCACAGUGGUAAUGGCUGUGACUACUGGAACAGAACAUUAAUCCCAAGUACCACACCUGGCCAAUACAACCUAGGUGAUAUGCCAGAUAAUUUUCAACUAUUGAAAUACACUAUGAAAGUUGUAUCCACCAACUAUGAGGAGUUCGCCAUUGUGCACACGGAGAAGGAUUUCACAACCGUGGUGAAAUUCACUAUCACUCUCUAUGGGAGAACCAAUAACCUGAGUCCAGCUGUGAAGAACAACUUUUAUAACUUUGCCAAGUCACAGGGUGUACCUCACAAAAACAUCAUCUUCACUCAACCCACAGAUCUUACAAAACCACCUGUACAAAAGCAAGAAGGCUAUCUCACAAGCCCUGUGGUAAUGCCAUCCAUGUCAGCUCAGAAGCCUACUCGUGAGGAACCUCCAAAGGAAAAAGAAUUAGAAAUCAGCAUGUAA